AUGAUUUCGCAAGAAGAGUUGAAUUUCAUGACGAUGGUGCUGAUUCUUCCUCGGUCGGAAAAUCCAUUCGUGGCAGCGGCAACCCAGUUGAAAAAACUCUGCAAGGAUGUAUCUACAGUGUCUGCAUCUGCUCUACAUGAGAGUGAGGUCAAAAGCCUUCAAGCUGUUCCAACUAACACUGCUGGGGCUUAUUCGCAUCGACAUGCCGUCUACGACCGGGGUUGUAUUCUUCCUUUAUUGCCCCCCUGUUCGAUGGGGCUUGAAUAUUUCAUUUCUGGCGGCAUCAUUGGUACCAAUACGUCCUUAUCACGUUCGCUCAAAGCCAUCUUCGUCUGGGGUAUGGACAAAGUGAAUCGAGACUUCAAGGAAAUCAAACGGAUCUGUGAAGCUGUAGCAGAUACAUUGGAAAGCACGGCGCCGAACUACAAUUCGACCUCAUAUAGUCCAGUGCAGUUGCUGAACAUCUUGAAUCCCGCAAAGGCGUUAGCGCCACUCAGAAAUGAUAUUGGCGUACAUUCGCGGAUUGUGCUUACGACUGGGCUAAUUGAUCUAUGCCUGUUGGCCUCUCUGUAUUUACCUUUGCUGUUGGUCACCUUGAGAGACAUACGUCGGCGCACCGAGGAUCUUUUCCACUCAUUCCCCAACACUGAUGAUCCAGAAGCGGCCGAGCUUGUCAAGAUUCAUAAACGACUAAAACAGGAACAUGUCUCUCUGGUGGCCUAUGCUUUUGCGGCAUAUUUCAGCACGAUGAUGUUCAUUCCUACGUUGGCCUGGGCAUUAUCAUACCCAGGUCUCAAUUUUGUACAAGACAAGAAUUGGCUAUUAGGUUUGCAGAUUGGGAUGCAUGGUCCUUUUGCCAUCAGCGGAAAUGUGUAA